CACUCAGACUUCAGAACCGAAAAAACUAACAACGAGUCAACGAAAUCGCGAACAGAACAGCAACGUUAACAAUGGGUUCUCGCUACGAGGUGGAACUGAAGCUCUCAUCGGCACGCGCUCUCAAGAACGUGAACUGGCGCCAUGGCCCGAACCGCCCAUACGUCGUCGUUUGGGUCGACCCAAGCAACAAGCUCUCGACGCGCGUGGACGAAAGCGGCGACACUGACGCGAAUUGGGACCAAACGCUCACAAUUCCGUUGCCACCAAAGCCUCUCGAGGAUCAAACGUUGUACAUCGACGUGGUCCACGCCGGCUCGGAGGAGGACACCAAGCCGCUUAUCGGCUCGGCUCGGCUCAAGCUGGUGGACAUUCUCGACGACGUUGGAAUCGGCGAGCGCGUGAGCCGCACGCUCUCGCUGAAGCGUCCCUCGGGGAGGCCGCACGGGAAGGUUGAGGUUAGCGUGACAAUCAGGGAGCCCAGCUACCGUGCGCAGGGUGGGUACAACGCGCCUCCUUACGGCGUGAGGGAUUAUUCCCCUGCGCCGCAGGGGUAUGGUGGGUAUCCUCCAUAUGGGGCCCCACCACAACAGGCGUAUUAUUCCGCUCCACCAAGUGGGUAUCCUUAUAAUGCGCCACCGCAGCCUUAUAAUGCGCCGCCUCAGAGUGGCUACGGCUAUAAUGCGCUGCCGCAAACGGCGUCGUAUGGGCAGGGGAGCGGUUACGGGUACGCGCCACAAGAGGAGAAGAAGAAGAGUAAGUUUGGUGGGAUGGGGACGGGAUUGGCUGUGGGUGCGGUUGCUGGGGCUCUAGGUGGAAUCGCACUCGUGGAGGGUGCUGAGUAUGUUGAGGACAAGAUUGAAGAUGACGUGGCGGAAAGAGUGGAGGAUGAUCUUGGUUACGAUGGUGAUGACUUCUAGAGAGUGGUGUGAUGUUUCAGGAGGAGGAGGAGGAAAAAAAAAACAAGGAAUAAUAAUAUUUUAAGUUUUUUAAUUGAUUUUUCUUUUUUUCAGUUUCUUUGGCGUUCGAGUUAUAUCUUUUAGUGUUUUCUUAAUGAUAUCGUUAAUGAUCUUAUCGAUGCUUAUCUUCGUUGUCUUUGUGGGACCGCGAAAUGAAACAACACAUCAUUAUCAACAA